AUGUCCUUCCCACACUUUGGACACCCUUAUGGAGGCGCGUCCCAGUUUCUGGUGUCCGCAAGUUCCAGCGCUACUUGCUGUGAAUCGGCCUCUCGCUCGGCCUCUGACGUGACCUCAGGCUCCAGUCCAACAUCUGCUCUUUGCUGCGCCCCCUACGACAGUCGGCUGCUAGGCAGUGCCCGGCCUGAGCUGGGUGCCGCCUUGGGCAUCUACGGAGCCCCGUACACAGCUGCCACGGCAGCCCAGAGCUACUCUGGGUACCUGCCCUAUGGCCCAGAGCCCACUCCACUGUACGGGGCCCUGAAUCCACAGUAUGAAUUUAAGGAGGCAGCAGGGAGUUUUACACCCAGCUUGGCCCAACCAGGAGCCUAUUAUCCUUAUGAGCCAACACUGGGGCAGUACCAGUAUGACCGGUAUGGUGGGGUAGAGUUGAGCGGCGCAGGACGCCGAAAGAACGCUACCCGGGAGACCACCAGCACCCUCAAGGCCUGGCUCAACGAGCACCGAAAGAACCCCUACCCCACCAAGGGCGAGAAGAUCAUGCUGGCCAUCAUCACCAAGAUGACCCUCACCCAGGUGUCCACCUGGUUCGCCAACGCACGCCGGCGCCUCAAGAAGGAGAACAAGAUGACGUGGGCGCCCAAGAACAAAGGUGGAGAGGAGAGGAAGUCAGAGGGCCCAGGGGAAGACGCACUGGACUGCCUCAAUGGUGACACCAAAGACGCUGCUGUUAGUCACGAGGCCCAGGGGCUUCGACUGAGUGAUCUGGAAGACUUGGAGGAAGAGGAAGAAGAGGAAGAAGCCGAAGAAGAGGAGGCAGCGGCCACAGCUGCGGACCGACUGGCCGACUUCCAGAAAGGCGCACCGCCUCUGCCCGCCGCGCCCUGCGCCGCGGCUGCUCGGCAGAGCCGGUUAGAGAGCCGGGAGUGCGGCCUGACAGCGCCCCGCUUCCGCUUCAGCGAACCCCCCGGGUCGGAAGACGCUGACUUCCUAGCAGCGUCGGAGCCUGGGGGCCCCACGAUGCUCACGCGCUAUCCUAGUGGCGAGAAACCGCGCAUCUGGUCUUUGGCGCACACCGCGGCAGCCACGGCGGUGGAAGGCGUACCCUCAACCCGGCUCAGGGUACGAAGUCCGGAGGGUCAUUCGAUUCGGGGACAACCUCCAGGCUCUGCCAGGCGCCCCGUGUUUUCCAGAGACUCCGCAUGCGAAGAAUCGGCCCUCGUAGCCAAAGCCUUUGGGAACUCCACGUUUGCGCUUGCGGGGCUGCCAAUGAACUGUGCCCCGUCGUGCCCAAGGCGUAGAGAACCUGCAGUGCCGUGCCAGUACCCCUCUGGAGCGGAAGCAGGUUAGCGCAAUGGCUGUGAUUUGCAGAAGAACCUUGGAAAUGGGCCCUUUUC